AUGGAUUUUAAUAAUACAGGCGGAAUGAGAAGUCCUUUCUCACCUAGGGUAAAGCAGUCUAUUACAGGAAGAAGACCUAUUGGACUUUCAUCUGCAAAAAAAACUCAAAGUAAUUAUAUGCAGUCACCUGGUGGGCUGCAGAGUGGAGAUGUUAUUUAUAAAACUCCUUCGAUGACAUUAGAAACCUAUGGUCUACCUUUACCAGUAAUGGUGACAGAAGCGCUUACUUUUGCGAGUGGAGAAGUAAGCGCGCGCAUGUCUUCGUGCGGCUGGUGCUGGGUAGUGGCUGGACGAAGACUGCUCACUUGGCCGUACCAACCUGCCCUUGCUGCCGCUGCCCGGGAGCUAACAUUACCACAAACAGAUCUUGCACACAAGGCUGAUCUUGUUGUAGUAUUCUAUGAAAAUGAUGCUCAGCUGCCAUCAUGCAUUGGCGUCUCACCAGAGGGUGUUGUCCGCUACUGGCCAUGCGUGGGUCAAGAAGGCGUGUAUGUGGAUGUAUCGGCUGAACUUGCCGGUCAGGAGUGCGAGCGACUCGGCGAACCGACGCGAAGUGGCUUAGUGCUUGCAACAACUACUUGUACUGUUGUGUUGCUUACAUCUACGGUUAUAGAUGGUCGUCCAACUGUGACUUGCCGGACUUUACGGCCGCCUAGUGGCUGGCUUGGAGGCAUUGGACGGCGGGUUUCUUUACUUUUCUUUGGAUCUAUGCCAGCCCAUGCUGAUACAAGGCUGGUGGGCGUGGUGAUGCUGAGCGAGUGUGCUGGUGGUGAGGAGGGCGAGGGUGCGGGCGACGGCGAGAGCGUGGGCGCGGGGGAGUGCUGCGCGCUGGUGGCGGGCGGGCCGCUGCUGCAGCUGUGGCGCGGCGCCGAGCUGGCCGACCUGCACGAGCACCACCUGCGCCGCACGCUCUGCGCACACCUCGCGCCGCAGGGUGACCUAAACAGCCUUGAGAUAAUGGCCUUGGAUGUCCAUGCUAGUGGUCCAAACAGUAUCCUGCUGCUUAUUGCAUCGGUCAAUGUCGCCAGAUCGCCUGAGAAGAGAUAUGCAAUUGCGCAUGUGGACGUGUCGCAAGCGGCAAGCCCGCGCGUGGUGUCUGUGCAGCCGCUGCAGCCGCUGCAAGCGCUGCAGGCGCUGCGCGACGCACCGCCUCGCUGCCUGCCGCUGCCUGCUCGUGUGCUGCUCUACUGUGCGCACACGCUCGCACUCGUGCCCGGUGCGUAUCCCUCCCUAGCACCGCUGCAGCUGCUGCAGCCGCUGCAAGCGCUGCAGGCGCUGCGCGACGCACCGCCUCGCUGCCUGCCGCUGCCUGCUCGUGUGCUGCUCUACUGUGCGCACACGCUCGCACUCGUGCCCGGUGCGUAUCCCUCCCUAGCACCGCUGCAGCUGCUGCAGCCGCUGCAAGCGCUGCAGGCGCUGCGCGACGCACCGCCUCGCUGCCUGCCGCUGCCUGCUCGUGUGCUGCUCUACUGUGCGCACACGCUCGCACUCGUGCCCGGUGCGUAUCCCUCCCUAGCACCGCUGCAGCUGCUGCAGCCGCUGCAAGCGCUGCAGGCGCUGCGCGACGCACCGCCCCGCUGCCUGCCGCUGCCUGCUCGUGUGCUGCUCUACUGUGCGCACACGCUCGCACUCGAGCCCGGUGCGUAUCCCACCCUAGCACCGCUGCAGCUGCUGCAACCGCUGCAGGCGCUGCGCGACGCACCGCCUAGCUGCCUGCCGCUGCCUGCUCGUGUGCUGCUCUACUGUGCGCACACGCUCGCACUCGUGGCCGGUGCGUAUCCCUCCCUAGCACCGCUGCAGCUGCUGCAGCCGCUGCAAGCGCUGCAGGCGCUGCGCGACGCACCGCCUCGCUGCCUGCCGCUGCCUGCUCGUGUGCUGCUCUACUGUGCGCACACGCUCGCACUCGUGGCCGGUGCGUAUCCCUCCCUAGCACCGCUGCAGCUGCUGCAGCCGCUGCAAGCGCUGCAGGCGCUGCGCGACGCACCGCCUCGCUGCCUGCCGCUGCCUGCUCGUGUGCUGCUCUACUGUGCGCACACGCUCGCACUCGUGCCCGGUGCGUAUCCCUCCCUAGCACCGCUGCAGCUGCUGCAGCCGCUGCAGCCGCUGCGCGACGCACCGCCUCGCUGCCUGCCGCUGCCUGCUCGUGUGCUGCUCUACUGUGCGCACACGCUCGCACUCGUGCCCGGUGCGUAUCCCUCCCUAGCCCCGCUGCAGCUGCUGCAGCCGCUGCAGGCACUGCGCGACGCACCUCCUCGCUGCCUGCCGCUGCCUGCUCGUGUGCUGCUCUACUGUGCGCACACGCUCGCACUCGUGCCCGGUGCGUAUCCCUCCCUAGCACCGCUGCAGCUGCUGCAGCCGCUGCAAGCGCUGCAGGCGCUGCGCGACGCACCACCUCGCUGCCUGCCGCUGCCUGCUCGUGUGCUGCUCUACUAUGCACACACGCUCGCACUCGUGCCCGGUGCGUAUCCCUCCCUAGCACCGCUGCAGCUGCCGCAGCCGCUGCAAGCGCUGCAGGCGCUGCGCGACGCACCGCCUCGCUGCCUGCCGCUGCCUGCUCGUGUGCUGCUCUACUGUGCGCACACGCUCGCACUCGUGGCCGGUGCGUAUCCCUCCCUAGCACCGCUGCAGCUGCUGCAGCCGCUGCAAGCGCUGCAGGCGCUGCGCGACGCACCGCCUCGCUGCCUGCCGCUGCCUGCUCGUGUGCUGCUCUACUGUGCGCACACGCUCGCACUCGUGCCCGGUGCGUAUCCCUCCCUAGCACCGCUGCAGCUGCUGCAGCCGCUGCAAGCGCUGCAGCCGCUGCGCGACGCACCGCCUCGCUGCCUGCCGCUGCCUGCUCGUGUGCUGCUCUACUGUGCGCACACGCUCGCACUCGUGCCCGGUGCGUAUCCCUCCCUAGCACCGCUGCAGCUGCUGCAGCCGCUGCAGGCACUGCGCGACGCACCUCCUCGCUGCCUGCCGCUGCCUGCUCGUGUGCUGCUCUACUAUGCGCACACGCUCGCACUCGUGCCCGGUGCGUAUCCCUCCCUAGCACCGCUGCAGCUGCCGCAGCCGCUGCAAGCGCUGCAGGCGCUGCGCGACGCACCGCCUCGCUGCCUGCCGCUGCCUGCUCGUGUGCUGCUCUACUGUGCGCACACGCUCGCACUCGUGGCCGGUGCGUAUCCCUCCCUAGCACCGCUGCAGCUGCUGCAGCCGCUGCAAGCGCUGCAGGCGCUGCGCGACGCACCGCCUCGCUGCCUGCCGCUGCCUGCUCGUGUGCUGCUCUACUGUGCGCACACGCUCGCACUCGUGCCCGGUGCGUAUCCCUCCCUAGCACCGCUGCAGCUGCUGCAGCCGCUGCAAGCGCUGCAGCCGCUGCGCGACGCACCGCCUCGCUGCCUGCCGCUGCCUGCUCGUGUGCUGCUCUACUGUGCGCACACGCUCGCACUCGUGGCCGGUGCGUAUCCCUCCCUAGCACCGCUGCAGCUGCUGCAGCCGCUGCAAGCGCUGCAGGCGCUGCGCGACGCACCGCCUCGCUGCCUGCCGCUGCCUGCUCGUGUGCUGCUCUACUGUGCGCACACGCUCGCACUCGUGCCCGGUGCGUAUCCCUCCCUAGCACCGCUGCAGCUGCUGCAGCCGCUGCAAGCGCUGCAGCCGCUGCGCGACGCACCGCCUCGCUGCCUGCCGCUGCCUGCUCGUGUGCUGCUCUACUGUGCGCACACGCUCGCACUCGUGCCCGGUGCGUAUCCCUCCCUAGCACCGCUGCAGCUGCUGCAGCCGCUGCAGGCACUGCGCGACGCACCUCCUCGCUGCCUGCCGCUGCCUGCUCGUGUGCUGCUCUACUAUGCGCACACGCUCGCACUCGUGCCCGGUGCGUAUCCCUCCCUAGCACCGCUGCAGCUGCCGCAGCCGCUGCAAGCGCUGCAGGCGCUGCGCGACGCACCGCCUCGCUGCCUGCCGCUGCCUGCUCGUGUGCUGCUCUACUGUGCGCACACGCUCGCACUCGUGGCCGGUGCGUAUCCCUCCCUAGCACCGCUGCAGCUGCUGCAGCCGCUGCAAGCGCUGCAGGCGCUGCGCGACGCACCGCCUCGCUGCCUGCCGCUGCCUGCUCGUGUGCUGCUCUACUGUGCGCACACGCUCGCACUCGUGCCCGGUGCGUAUCCCUCCCUAGCACCGCUGCAGCUGCUGCAGCCGCUGCAAGCGCUGCAGCCGCUGCGCGACGCACCGCCUCGCUGCCUGCCGCUGCCUGCUCGUGUGCUGCUCUACUGUGCGCACACGCUCGCACUCGUGCCCGGUGCGUAUCCCUCCCUAGCACCGCUGCAGCUGCUGCAGCCGCUGCAGGCACUGCGCGACGCACCUCCUCGCUGCCUGCCGCUGCCUGCUCGUGUGCUGCUCUACUGUGCGCACACGCUCGCACUCGUGCCCGGUGCGUAUCCCUCCCUAGCACCGCUGCAGCUGCUGCAGCCGCUGCAAGCGCUGCAGCCGCUGCGCGACGCACCGCUUCGCUGCCUGCCGCUGCCUGCUCGUGUGCUGCUCUACUGUGCGCACACGCUCGCACUCGUGCCCGGUGCGUAUCCCUCCCUAGCACCGCUGCAGCUGCUGCAGCCGCUGCAAGCGCUGCAGCCGCUGCGCGACGCACCGCCUCGCUGCCUGCCGCUGCCUGCUCGUGUGCUGCUCUACUGUGCGCACACGCUCGCACUCGUGCCCGGUGCGUAUCCCUCCCUAGCACCGCUGCAGCUGCUGCAGCCGCUGCAGGCACUGCGCGACGCACCUCCUCGCUGCCUGCCGCUGCCUGCUCGUGUGCUGCUCUACUGUGCGCACACGCUCGCACUCGUGCCCGGUGCGUAUCCCUCCCUAGCACCGCUGCAGCUGCUGCAGCCGCUGCAAGCGCUGCAGGCGCUGCGCGACGCACCACCUCGCUGCCUGCCGCUGCCUGCUCGUGUGCUGCUCUACUAUGCGCACUUGCUCGCACUCGUGCCCGGUGCGUAUCCCUCCCUAGCACCGCUGCAGCUGCCGCAGCCGCUGCAAGCGCUGCAGGCGCUGUGCGACGCACCGCCUCGCUGCCUGCCGCUGCCUGCUCGUGUGCUGCUCUACUGUGCGCACACGCUCGCACUCGUGCCCGGUGCGUAUCCCUCCCUAGCACCGCUGCAGCUGCUGCAGCCGCUGCAAGCGCUGCAGGCGCUGCGCGACGCACCACCUCGCUGCCUGCCGCUGCCUGCUCGUGUGCUGCUCUACUGUGCGAAAACGCUCGCACUCGUGCCCGGUGCGUAUCCCUCCCUAGCGCCAGUUAUACAAGAGAUACAUCACUUACAAGCCUUACUCAUUGUGUGUGUUAAAUGUUAA